AUGAGAUUGCUAUACAAAGAAGAGCCACGAACGAUUGCGAUCCAAUCGCAUACACAUACCCUUAGAUUUCGAGCACAACCUUCAUCGGGCGAAACCAAGAAACCAUUGGUCAAUCUUGAACUAGUGCCCAAUUCCCACAUCACCAAACACCAAGGAUAUCGUGCCUUGCUUUCUAAGGAGAUAUACGGAUGUCUAGGACUAGCAUAUGUUGACAACCAAACCUAUGUUGCCAUAAUCACCGGUGCCAUUGUCAAUGUAGCCAACCCACUUGGCAAUGAAACUGUGGACCGAAUCUAUUCAAUUGAUUUCAUAUCGUUAGAGGAUAACUACUGGGACCACAAACUUCUUGAUAGUAGUGGGUUCCCUGUGAUUAGUGCUGAAGACCCUGAUGAUGAUGGGGUUCGUAUCCAACACCCUUGUAUUGAUUUGAAGAAGUUGGUGUCUAACGGUACAUUCUAUUAUUCAAAUGAUUUUGACUUGACUUCGCUAUUACAGAAUCGGGGUGUGAAUACUGAACAAGGAGCUCGCUCAAUAGACCAUUACCUGAAGGAAUACAUGUGGAAUUCUUUCCUUAUGGAAGAAAUGAUCAAGUAUCGAACCAAUUUGGACCAUCAAGCCCAGCAGAUUCUUGAUGAAAACAAGUUCUUAACUGUGGCUAUUCGAGGAUUUGCCAAGACCGUGCAAUUGGGAGCCAAUGAUUCAAUAACUCUUAUUUCAAAACAAUCAUGGAAACGUGCGGGUACAAGAUAUAACACCCGAGGAAUUGAUGAUUAUGGGAAUGUAGCUAAUUACGUUGAAACUGAAUUCAUUUACAACAAUCCUAGCAACAGCUCAAUCUUCUCGUUUGUUCAGAUUAGGGGAUCAGUGCCUACAUUCUGGGAACAGGACUCCACGUUAAUAAACCCCAAGAUUACAUUGACUCGUUCUAGUGAAGCAACGCAACCAAUAUUUAAUGCCCAUUUUAAACAAAUUUGCGAAAACUAUGGAGUCACUCAUAUUGUUGACUUGCUAUCAAAAACCAAACCAGCCGAAUCACAAUUGUCCAACCGUUACAAGCAAUUAUACGAACAAUGUGAUAGAAACAACGAAAUUGAAUAUACUGCAUUUGAUUUCCAUCAAGAAACUAAAGUAGGAGGAUUUGCCCAAGCAGGAAAGAUUAUCCCGUUGUUACACAAACUGAUUGAACAAUUUGGGUGGUUUUAUUACGACUUGAACGCAGAAGAGAUCAUUACACGGCAAGAUGGUAUCUUCCGAGUCAAUUGUUUGGAUUGUCUUGACAGAACUAACUUGAUUCAACAAAUCAUUUGUCGUAACAUCUUGCAGAAUAUUUUGUCUAAUACUGGGUCACGUCGAAGUGAAGAAAGCUUGAUGCUUAGAUAUAAUUCCUUAUGGGCCGAUAAUGGGGAUGCUAUCUCACAAAUCUACACUGGGACUAAUGCUCUUAAAUCAUCAUUUUCAAGAUCAGGGAAAAUGAAUAUCGCUGGUGCAUUAUCGGAUGUAACCAAAUCAGUCAGUCGGAUGUAUCAAAAUACAUUUGUCGACAGUAAGAAGCAAUCAACUAUCGACUUACUUCUUGGAGUUGAUGGGAAAUACUCGAAAAAGGUUAAGAUUUUUGAUCCCUUGCAUGAAUUCGUCAAUGGUAAGUUGAAGCAGCAAGCAGGUACAUUCACUAGUUUUAAAAAUAUCAAAUGUUUUACGGGAACCUAUAACGUCAAUGCAUUAGAACCAGAAAGUCAUAUCGAUUUAAGCAGUUGGCUAUUCCCACCUGCUUCGUCAUCUGCCGAUAUUUAUGGUAUUGGAUUUCAAGAAUUGAUUGAUUUAGAUCCGAGAUCAAUCCUAAAUGCGGAUACUACGAAAGCCGGAAAGUGGGCUGAGAUUUUGAAUCGUGAAUUAAACAAACAUGGUGAACAGUAUGUGUUAUUACGAGUUGAAUCGAUUGCAUCGAUGUCAUUGUUUCUCUUUGUCAAGAAACUGCAAGCUGUCCAUGUGACUAAAGUUAGUGGAUCAUCCAAGAAGACAGGUUUAGGAGGAAUGACUGCCAAUAAGGGAGCCUGUGCCGUUAGGUUUAAUUUCGGUGAUACAUCAUUUGUUAUGAUUACUUGUCAUUUAGCAGCUGGUAUGCAAGCAACAUUGGAAAGAUAUAACGACUAUUCCACAAUCUUGCAAGGGUUGCUUUUCCCCAGAAACUAUUCCAUCCGGGACCAUGACCAUAUAAUCUGGUUUGGUGAUUUGAACUAUAGAAUCAAUAUGAUGAAUGAGCAAUGUCGAGACUCGGUUGCUCGUGGGGAAUACAAUGAAUUAAUUCAAAUGGAUCAAUUGAAUGAAGAGCGAAGACAUGAUGGUGCGUUCAAGCCAUUCAAUGAAGGAGUAAUUUCAUUUGCACCUACUUAUAAAUUUGAUAAAGGUACUUCGAAUUACGAUUCUUCUGAAAAGCAGAGAGUUCCUUCUUGGACUGAUAGAGUAUUGUUUACUUCGUCAACUGGCCUUUCCAAGGACUUGACUCUUUUGAAGUAUGAUUCAGUCAUGGAUAUGGUUCUAAGUGAUCAUAAACCGGUGUAUGCUGUGUUUGAUGUUAAGGUCAACUUCAUAGAUCGGGAAAUGAAAGGCAAGAUUGCCAAGGAAUUGUACAAUGUAUACAAAAGAGAGCACGGGGGAGAAUUAGUACUGUUAAGUUCAAACUCAUCGGUUUCAUCAUCAGCAGGAACAGUUGACUUUUCAACUGACACCUUGUCAGAGUUGAAUCUAUUAGACGAUGAUAUUAAUGAAGGAGCUCCUAAAUUACCUCAAAGACCAGCAAGAAGAAUUCCACCACCUCCAACUAGUAGGAAAGUGGCUCCACCAAUGCAGGAACUCAAACCAGCCCCAGUUCCUAGACGAUUACCACCAACUCCUAACUCGGCCCCACCUCCUCCACUUCCCAGAAGAGUACCACCUCCAUCUAGUGUAGAAUCUUCGCCUGUUAUCCCUGCAUCAGCAUCGGCAUCGGUAUCUCCUACCAUUUCGCCGAAGUUGCAAAAUGUUCCUAUUGGAUUCUCAAGUGCUCCUUUGAUUCCAACUAGAUCAAAUACUGCUGGUUCAUUAUCGCCCAAUAUUACUCCUGUAAAAUCGGCAGCUUCAUUACCUGCAAAGUCUACUAGUUCAAUACCUGUAAAGUCCACUACUUCAUUACCUACAAAGACUGCAACUCCUCCACCACAAGCGUUUAAACCAUUAGUUCCUUCUAAACCACUGGCCCUUGCAUCAAGGAAGUUGAGCAUUGGCAAAUCUGAAGAUGAAAAAGAUGAAAAGGUUAACAAUUCAGAUUCUGAUACUGGAUCUGAUGCCCGUCUACCUCCACCUGCACCACGUCAAGCCAAUAGCGUUGGCAUGAGUAUGUCUGAUUGGAAACCUUUGAUUCCAAAGUAA